UUGAAAGGCUAGAAGACCACAAAGAUGGAAAAGGCCAGCCCACUGAGGGAGGGAGAAAAAAACUGCUCCGGUUCCUCUGCCAUAAUUUCCUAUCAGCCUAUUCAGACAACAUCACCAACAGCUUGGUCUGUGCGUGUGUGUAUGGGGGCAAAGCAGAGAGUGAGCGAGAGAGAGGCAGCGCACCAGAGGCAGAGAGAGAGAGCGACACAGAGAGCUACAGAGAGAGAGAGAGAGAGCAGGGAAGGGGGAGGCUACAUAUUCUUUCACCUACCCCCCGUCAAACCACAGGAAGGAGGGGCCAGACCCUAAGCUGCCAAUCAAAUCCGCUCGUGGCACCCGGCAUUAUCUCAGCAACAAACUAUUGACAGAUUACAUGUCAAGGAGUUUAGUGCAUGAUUGAAGGAAGCCUUUUUUUAUCUAGUUACUUUUCCGCUUUAUUUCCCCCUCCACCAACCAACAUUCGAAUGACUUUCUAACAGAGUUGAGUAAUAUUAUGAAAGUUACAUGUCUGAGAGGAUUUAACUUCGACUUCCCUGAAUAUGCUGAAAGGAGUUUAUGCACUGAAACGACCUCAGGAAAAUCCAAGAUGGCCGCCAAAAGGAAAGGUGGCCUAAAACUCAAUGCUAUCUGUGCCAAGCUGAGCCGCCAGGUAGUGUUCGACAGCAGCUCCCAGAAUGCCGAGGGAGACCAGAGUGUAGCAGAAAACAGUGAGCGUGGCAGUUCCCACUACGAUGACAAUGAGACCAACUUUCCCGAGAGCUUGAGCCUAAGUCAGAGCCUAGAGGAGGACCAGAAGAGACGUGAGGCUAUCGAGAAAUGGGUCAACGGCGAGUAUGGCGAUGAGCCGCCAGGCCCUGAAAAUGAACAGGAGCAUGAACUCAAAGUCAGCAAUGACGAAGACGGCCCUCCUGAGGGCGUGUACAUGGUACAGCCCCAAGGCUGCAGCGAUGAGGAAGAUGAUGCAGAGGAGCCUGAGCCCGUAGUGGCGUCUCAGGAUGGCAGUUACCAUGACGACAAAGAAGCUGAAGACAAGCCUUCAAAAGAAGACACCUACAUGCCGCCGAGCAAGACCCAGAGUCGCCAAGCACCUUUCUCCUCUACAGGAGAAGCAUCAGCCCUGCGAGACUAUGCAGCCAACACCAUGAAUGAAUUUUUGGGAAUGUUUGGUUAUGAUGACCAGCAGGUAAGGGAUGAGCUGACCAAGAAGAUCAGCUUUGAGAAGCUCAAAGCCGCUACCUCAGACCCCUCAUCCCUCAGUAGUGAGGAGGCCUCACGGCGUGCCCGCUUCUCCAAGUACGAAGAGUACAUUCGCAAGCUAAAAGCCGGUGAGGCCCUACCAUGGCCAAUGCAUGCUUCCCCACCCAAACCAGACGACCUCAACUCAAAACUGGCCCAAGACAAGACCUCUACCAUGCUCCAGACCUCUGGGGGUCUCCCAGGGGCUGAAGCACAGAUCUACCCCUCCAGCCUAGACCACAAACAGCCAGGAGGACCUCAACUGAGCACUUCUCAGCCACCAAAUGCCUCUCACAUCCAGAACAUGGCGUCCCGAGCCUCCAAGUACGACUUCUUUAUUCAGAAGCUGAAGAUGGGUGAGAGUCUACAGCAGCAGAACGGUAAUGCGUACAAGCGACCCUCCAAGUACGACUUGGAGAAUGUCAAGUUUCUGCAUCUCUUCAAGCCAGGUGAGGGCAACCCUGACAUGGGCGGUGCCAUCGCCUUUAAGACUGGCAAAGUGGGCCGCCCUUCGAAGUAUGACAUCAGAACAAUUCAGAAGCUAAUGCCAGGAAAUCCAGAGGCCUCAAUGAUGCCCAAUGUCCUCGCUACAGCACCAGGGAACCCUGGAGCUCCUGGUGUCCCCGCCGUAGGCACAGCUGGGGCCAGCAUUGCCCCAGGGCUCACAAUGGACCAGACCGGACACAUAAGCUUCAAUGCCUCUGACUACCUGAAGUCCAGUUUUUCCAAGACUGACUCCAUCACCACAGGCACUGUGUCCUCCGUUAAGAAUGGCCUGCCACCAGAUAAACCCGCCAGCGACGACAUCAACCUCUACCAGAAAUAUAUUGCCAGGUUCUCUGGAAGUCAACACUGUGGACACGUGCACUGUGCCUACCAGUACAGAGAGCAUUACCACUGCAUGGACCCUGAGUGUAACUACCAGGUGAGCAGGUUUACCAGUAAGCAGGAUGUAAUCAGGCACUACAACAUGCACAAGAAGAGGGACAACUCCCUGCAGCAUGGCUUCAUGCGUUUCAGCCCUCUGGACGACUGCAGUGUCUACUACCAUGGCUGCCACCUCAAUGGAAAAAGCACCCAUUACCACUGCAUGCAGGUGGGCUGCAGCAAGGUGUACACCAGCACCUCAGACGUCAUGACCCAUGAAAACUUCCAUAAAAAGAAUGCCCAGCUGAUCAACGAUGGCUUCCAGAGAUUCCGUGCAACUGAGGACUGUGGCACAGUCGGGUGUCAAUUCUACGGGCAGAAGACUACACACUUCCACUGCAGGCGCCCAGGCUGCACAUUCACCUUCAAGAACAAGUGUGACAUUGAGAAGCACAAGAGUUACCACAUCAAGGAUGAUGCCUACGCCAAAGAUGGCUUCAAGAAGUUCUAUAAGUAUGAGGAGUGCAAGUACGAGGGCUGUGUGUACAGCAAAGCCACCAAUCACUUCCACUGCAUCCGCUCAGGCUGCGGCUUCACCUUUACUUCCACCAGCCAGAUGACCUCCCACAAGCGCAAACACGAGCGCCGGCACAUCCGUUCCUCCGGUGUCAUGGGCCUCUCUUCCACUUUCCUGGCGCCAAAGGAUGAGCCAGAGGAAUCGAGCAACGAUGAUCUGAUGGACUUCUCCACCAUCAGCAGCAAAAACUCCAGCCUGAGUGCCUCGCCUACGACCCAGCAGUCCACCACUGUACCGCACUUGUUGGCCACACCCACCACCUCUGUUUCCUCCUCUACAUCGAGCCACACCCUCAAACCUGCACCUUCGCUGCCCAGUGCGGGCCAGCGUAUGUCCAGCCUGCUGUCCCAGGCCCUGCCCAGCAACAUGCCGGUGGCCCUUGCUCUUUCCAACAGUGCACUGGCCACCUCCAACCCGUUCUUCCCCCUAAUGCCUAGGCUGCCUCUCCAACCACCUCCGCCAGCCGCAAGCCUGAUAUCAGCCGUAUCUUCUGGGGCCCACUCCAUGCCCACCGACUCACUGACCCAAGGUUGCUCCACACUGGGGACAGACGGAGCCAUGGCGUCUACCCCAACUUCCUUCGCCACCUCUUCCAUCAUGGAGAAGAUCUCAGCAAGCAAAGGUCUGAUAUCACCCAUGAUGGCCAGACUGGCAGCUGCUGCCCUGAAGCCCUCCAACAACCCAGACACAGGGAAUGGGCAGCUGACUUCAGCCAGCCAGUUCAAUCUGGUUCACGUGAAGCAGGAGCCAGUGGACGGCAACUCUGGGGCCUCUCAAGACUCCACGCAGGAGCACAGUCUGGACCUGAGCAAAAAAGACCACAGUAAUGAAUCAAACGGACACCCUGUACCAGGGAAUACAUCUCUUUUAUCCUCGCUUAUGAAUAAGAUGUCACAGGUGAACCCUGCCCUUUUCAACGCCAUGAACCUGAAGACAGAGCUGGAGGCAGGCCAGGGCAGCAAUGCCUCGGAGGCAGCACAUUAUCUGAACAGAGUGCUAAAGAGGCCCGUGCCAGAAAAAGCCAGUGAGAUCUGGAGGACAUAUCUCCGCAGGUUUGACACAGAUGACUUCUGUGAGGCUCAGUGUGACUUCCUCCAGAAAGUGCAUUUUCACUGCAUGGUGGAGGACUGUGGUGCUCUCUUUAGCACUGUGGAUGGGGCCAUAAAGCAUGCGAACUUCCACCUCAGAGCCACAUUGAAAGUGAAGUCUGAGCCUCAGUUCAGUGAGGGCAAGGACUCCGGUGAGGGAGCUCCUCAGCAGCCUGCUGCCCCCGUCUCUAUGGCCAACAAUCCCUCCAUGGAUGUGGCACACCUUACCUCCUCCGGUGGCUACAGCUCUCCUCCUCCCUCCCUGCUGGCCUGGAAGCAGCUGACCGGCAGCAUCCCUCAGAUGUCGGCCUCAAUGCCCAACCUGCCGGCCAAUUCCCCUCUGGCCACCACCUCUCUGGAGAAUGCUAAGCCACAAGUCAAGCCUGGUUUCCUGCAGUUCCAGGAAAACGAUCCCUGUUUGGCUACUGACUGUAAGUACUCAAACAAGUUCCACUUCCACUGCUUGUUUGGGAAUUGCAAGUAUGUGUGCAAGACGUCUGGCAAGGCUGAGUCCCACUGUUUGGACCACAUCAACCCCAACAACAACCUGGUCAAUGUCCGUGACCAGUUUUCCUACUACUCUCUCCAGUGUCUCUGUCCCAACCAGCACUGCGAGUUCAGAAUGAGGGGCCACUAUCACUGUCUGCGGCCUGGCUGCUUCUUCGUCACUAACAUCACCACCAAGCUGCCAUGGCAUGUCAAGAAGCACGAGAAGGCAGAGCGCCGUGCCGCCAAUGGCUUCAAAUAUUUCACUAAGAGGGAGGAGUGUGGGAGGCUGGGUUGCAAGUAUAACCAAGUCAACAGCCACUUCCACUGCAUCCGCGAGGGUUGCCAGUUCUCCUUCCUCCUCAAGCACCAGAUGACCUCACACGCACGCAAACACAUGAGGCGGAUGCUGGGGAAGAACUUUGACAGAGUCCCAUCCCAGGUGAUGCCACUCGGUCAGAGGGCAGAUGAGAUGCAGCAUGCAUCCGGCAUGAUGUCCGGGCCCGUAGCGAACCAGUCUGGUAUCAACUCCAGCUUCUCCUCCGCCAUCAUGGAUGAGACUGAUGAUUACAUGGACUACAUGGUAGGAGGGGGCAGCCCCUUGGGCCUCUCCUCAGAGUCCUCCAACCAGGACCGGAGCUGCACCAGCACACCUCUAGGCAACGAUAGUUCUCCAGCAGGACAAGGCUGCCCCGCCACCACUUCUGCUCCUACCACCCCUGCUGACACUAGUGCUACCCAAAAUGCACCUCCUUCUUCCCCCCCUCCUCCACCACCACUACCUCCUCUUCCCUCCGCUCCUCAGCCUGGCUUCCAGUCCCAGGCCCCAUCCCUCUCUCCUGCUCUCCUCCGACCUCCUCUCCCCUCACUCCCAUACCUCCUCUCUCCAUCCUGUCUGUCAUACUCUCUGCUCAGCGCCUCUCUGGGAGCCACUCGGAGUGUUGUCAUGCCAACCAACACACCAGCUUUCAGCCCCAUCAUUGCCACUCCGUCUCCGGUUAAAAAUGACGUCCCUAUAGUGCAGGAUGCUGCAGGCAACACCAUCUCCAUUCCCACGGCCACUGGUUCAAAGAAGCGUUUCUGGAUCAUCGAAGACAUGUCACCAUUCGGCAAGCGCCGCAAGACCGCAUCGUCACGUAAGAUGCUGGAUGAGGGGAUGAUGCUGGAGGGCUUCCGGCGGUAUGACCUGUACGAGAACUGCAAGGACUCAGGCUGCCAGUUUUCUCUGAAGGUGACCCAUUACCACUGCACACGUGAGAACUGUGGCUACAAGUUCUGCGGCCGCACCCACAUGUACAAGCAUGCGCAGCACCAUGACCGCGUGGACAACCUGGUCCUGGACGACUUCAAGCGCUUCAAAUCCUCGCUCAGCUGCAACUUCCCCGACUGCCAGUUUUCAGGCAACAGCACCCACUUCCACUGUCUGCGCUGUGGCUUCCGCUGCACCGACAGCACCAAGGUGACGGCCCACCGCAAGCACCAUGGCAAGCAAGAUGUGAUCAGUGCCGCCGGCUUCUGCCAGUUCAGCUCCAGUGUUGAUUGUGAGGUUCCCGACUGCAAAUAUAAGCUCAAGUGCUCGCACUUCCACUGCACCUUCCCGGAGUGUAAGCACACAGUGGUGGGCAUGUCUCAGAUGGAUUCCCACAAGAGAAAGCAUGAGAAGCAGGAGCGGGGUGAGUUGCCGUCUGUGUCCCCCAAACAGGAAGGGUCGCACUACCUGGGUGGAAGUGUGUCUGCCGCCCCUCCAACCUCUAUGGGUCUGUCUACUUCCUCGCCUGGUGGCCUCCACAGUUUGUCCCACAACAUUAACAGCAGCGCUCGCGCCAUGCUCUACCCCACAGGCAGCAUUGGGUCUGAGUAUACCCACCCAUACCCACCGUCCUCCAUCAGCCUGGACAGCUCCCUCAACCUGGGCACCGACACCAGCAGCUCCCUGUUCUUCCUGAAGAAUGCAGCCGGUCUGGGUCUCAGCGACUCACUGGACCUCAGCAAGAAGAUGCACCACGAAGCAGCGCUAUCUGGCCACAACCCCGCACCGCCGCUGGGUCUGCCAGCAGCUCAGGAUGACACCACAGGAACAUCUGGAGAGGCUGAAGACGACCUGUCGCCAGAGGAGGAGGCGCACGCAGAGGAGGAGGAGGAGGAUGAAGAAGAAGAGGAGGACGAGGACGAGGAGGCAGAGGAGGAUCUCAACAGUGACUCGAAUGACGAUUCGAUGGAGCCCGAUGGCGAAAAGGACAAUGGCGAGAGUUUUGAUGCUUCCGUUAAUCACACUGAUACUUCCCAACUGGAAAAGCAAGACCCUGACCCAUGAAAAAAAAACUGUGACUGUAGGAACUGAAGAAAAACCCUGUGUACUUUGAACAAACAAAAAUGAAAGUGGCCUCAUUUAUCAUGUUUAGUGACUUCAGAUGACAACAAAAAACAACAGCGUGCAGAAAAUGACGGCCCAAAAUGAUUUAUUAUGAUGUUUACAAGAUGACCAACAUUAUUAAUUCAAUUAUGCAUUAAAAAAUAUGAACAGAGACACACAGAAUUAGGCCCUGUUUUACGCACAGGGCAGCAAUGUAAAGCAUUUUACUACACAUCAGUCUUUUUUGUGUGCGUGCAUGUUUGACUUUAAUUUAUUUUUUUCACUUUUUUGUGUGUGGAUAAAAAAAAACCCGUUAGAAAAACAAAAACAAAUCUCUCUAUAUAACUAUAUAUGUAAGUGUGUGUGUGUGUGUGUGUGUGUGUGUGUGUGUGAACGAUGAUAUACAAAAGGAAAUUGCUGGCACAGGCGAUAUGAACUGUAGGGCCACGGAUAUGUAGAAAAAGGGACGUGAAUCACUAAGGGGGAAACAGGAUGCGUUCAAACAUUUGAUCUUUUUUUCUGUAUUAAUAUUGUUAUUAAUAAUAAUUAUUAUUAUUAUUAUUAUUAUUAGACACUGAGAGAGAGGGAGUUACAUGUUGCUUGUUCCCACCUCUCUCAGAUGUUUUUCUUUGUUCUCAGUGACAUGUGGAAUUGACCAGUAAAUGUUUGGUCACUCUCAGCUGCAGUCAGGUGUCCAGCAAGCCGCCAGUCUCAACAGCUCCCACCGACAUUCUGCUAGAUAUGUUCAUCUAGCACCGAAACCAAGCUCAGCCCUUGUAAUUUCACCCCCCACCCUGCGGAGGAAUCAAGUUUGUGUGUGGAUAGUGCACUUUUAUAUUAGCUGACCAUGAUGAUUACGGUGAUGAUAGAUAACUCAUAAGCAUAUUUAAAAUUAUUUUUGUUACCAUUUGCAUCUUUGCAUUACAAUGUCUUUUUGUUGUGUUGAUAGUCAGAAGCAUAUCGAUCUGUAAAAAGCAGGCGAGGCUGUGAUUAACUGCCGGCGAGUCGGGCUGGGGAUGAGUGUGUGUGUAUGAGGGGGAGGGGGGGUCAGACUGACCAGAGGAAAUGAUGAGUCACUCAGAUGCAGCGAGGGGGACGACAGACGAAGCGUCAGGGAGUGUGUUUUAUGUUGAAAAUUUACAGACCGAAAAUGUCUCAACGGCAUUUUGUUUUCCAUUCACUAUGGCUGUGGUUGAGCUCCUGUUGUAACGGUUUUUAUUUAAUAUUUAUGUGACCUUCCUAUGAGAAAAUUUUUUAGGGUGUUAUUGCACUUUUUAGGUUCAUUUUUACCGUCUGAAAAAAAAAUGCUAUAUAUCUUUUAACAGGGAAUUUGCUUUAAAGAUGUUGUUUUAGUUCACUUUUGCUUUAAUGCACAAAUAGAUGUUAGUGUGACAAAGAACUGUUGUUCUGUGAUUUAUUUAAAGACUGGUUUUUAUUUUGCUUCUGUGAUUGGACAGUUUGAGAAAAAAGAAAAAGGAAAUGGGUGCGCCAGAAAACCGGCGCCCUGAUAAGGAACACUAAUACAGAUUGUGAUUUUAAAUUAAUUCUUAAAAAGUUCAUGGCAAUGCUAAAUUAUAAAUCUGUCAAAGCCACCCUCUGGUUUAUAUUGAGCGAAUAUUUACGACCGAGAAGCGGACACACUGAUUAUGAAUUAUCUCCUGAGCUUGGCAUUGGAAAUAAAUGAUCAUAAUAUAGGGAAUAAUAAUGUGUGUAGAUGAUAUUCCUCCAGAUAUUGUUUUGAGAAGAAAAAAAAAGGUUGUACAGUAUUUUCCUCUGUAAAAAAUAACUAUAUAUGAACAAAAUGCUCUUUGAUGAACAGCUUCCUUUAAAAAGAAAACCCUAAAAAGGAGAAAUGAAUAAUAAAAAGUAAAAAAAUUCAAAUAGCCUCAUCAUAGUUUGCUUGUGUGCGUGACCUUUUUUAAUUACCCCAGAUUUUUUGGAAGAAAUUGUUUGGCAUUGGCAGAUUCCGUUAUAUUUGCAGUAUAUUUUUUUUCUUUUUCCAAACUAUGUCAGAAGCUCAAACUAAAAUACACUGAUUUGAAUUCAUUCAUCAAUGUUUCUGUUUUAUUUAACGAGUCGUUUUUAUUCAUUGUCAUUUUUCUAUGUGUGUGCUUUAGUUCAUUAAUUGAAAUUCUUGGUUUAUAUUUACUUUGCUGUGGGCAUGCCUCGUUCACAGACUGAACAGUCUCCCGGGACUCUGCUGCAACGCAGAGGCGUUGCGACAUUUGUUUUGUUUUCUCAUCAUUUGCUGAGAUCAAUGUAGGGCUGGGAGACAUUGUGCACUUGAAUUUUGUGUGUGUGUGUGUGUGUGUGUAUGGGCGCGUGUGUGAGGGUGUAAAAUAGUAGGAUUUGUAAAAAGUUGAAAAUAAAGAAACUAUAAUUAUUAUAACAAUACACAUGUAGUACUUGAUAGUGCUUCAGCCUUGAGUCACAUGUGGAGGGGUAAGGUGCUGGGCAGCAGAGCAAAAGGUCACAGCAGCAAUCUCUCAGUCUCUUUUUAUCUUGUCAGUGACACUACUGAAGUGUGUGUGUGUGUGUCUCCUUCUGUGAGAGACAGAUAGGCCACGGCUGUAAGAACACAGACCUGUGGCUCUGUCCCAGCUGUUCAGAGCUUCGAUUCAUAUUUCUUAACCUUGUGCAUCUUUUCCCUGCUUUGUUCCCACUAUAAAUCCAACUGGGACACUUUUUUGUCACAGAAUUUGAGGAAAACAAACAAUAAACAUCUGCAUUCAUGCAGGUAGAGGAAUCAACAAUAUUUGUUGUUGGGGUCGCCCGUUGUUCACACUUGACAUUCUGAGGAGAACAAGAUCAGACAGAGGACCAUUAGGGAGAUUUAGAGGCCUGCUACUGCUAACAAGAUGGCUCUCUGUGUCUUGUUCAGUGUUAACAGGGCACAUUUAUUUUUUUUAGUUCAUUUAUUUAUUUAUUUGUUUUUUUCCUUGAGCCAUGUGCUGGGUUCUCCUCCCACUCCCUCAUGUCACCCAGUGGCCAGUGUGCUGGUUCUGUCUGUCCCUUCGUCUACAGCUGUUCCUGUCCUUCCUCCUUCUCUUCCUUGUGAUGUUUUUUUUAUAAAAAAAAAAGAAAGAAAAAAACACGGGUAAAGGCAUCACCAUCUGUCAGCCAGCUGGCAUCCUGUAUAUAAUCUACCAGAAAAAAAAAAGAAUAAACAUGAAAAUUAUAUUACACAAAAACCAGACGGAAACGACCUCCAAAUCCUGCAUAGACUGCUGCCGAAACGACAGAUCAUUUUACUGUUUUAAUUAACAGAAUAAAAAGGAUGGUAUAAAAAAGUGGUGGGGAAAUAAACUGAGAUGAAUUUCCACUGCUGGGAAAGUGUAAUAUGAAAGCUGCCUGCUUACUGCAGCGUAGUGGAUAAACAGAGCAACAUUUUAGACUUUGUAAAAUAUAUUGCACUUUUGGACUAAAAGCCAUUUCCCGUUAGCGUUCAAUUUGGCUAGAUUCAUGAUACAUUUUAUAUGAAAAGUAGACAAUGAAGCAGUUUUUUAAAAAGUCUCUACUUGAAUGUGUUGCCCUCAGCACUACUAUUCAUUCUUGUCCUACUGCUUAUUUCCACUUGGAUACAGUGCUGUUCAUCUUCAUUGUGUUAUAUUUAUGUUUUUCUUCUGUUUCUGCAUGUCUUAUGCAAAGAUUGAGCUUUUCACUCAGUGAAAUAAAAACAUACUGAACGACUUUA